AAAAAGAAGCUGAAGGACUCCCCCGUGCCCAUCAGCCCGUCUGCUAUGUGCGGUCCGACCAGUGAUGGUUCUGCCCCUCGGAGCCUGAGCCCGGCCCACAAGACUCAACCCAAGGCCAAAAGCAAGACCAGAGAGCCAUCCAGGGGAGCUGUGAGCCGUUUGAUGGAGAGUAUGGCAGCGGAUGAAGAUUUCGAGCCGAACCAAGACAGCAGCUUCAGUGAGGAUGAACUUCUCCCUCCACGAAGUAACAGCGUCUCAGAGAGGUCCACUACACCCGCUCCGGUGCAGUGUGUGCUCGAAAAGGAUUCUCUGGUGGACGGACUCAGAGUUUUGAUCCCYAUGGAGGACCAGCUUCUUUACGCCGGACAUGUGAACACAGUUCACUCCCCAGACAUCUACAGCGUGGUGGUGGAGGGGGAGCGAGGAAACCGACCACACAUCUACUGCCUGGAACAGCUGCUGCAGGAAGCUAUCAUCGAUGUUAAGCCUCCAUCAGUGCGUUAUCUGCCAGAAGGCACCCGCAUCGCUGCCUACUGGAGUCAGCAGUACCGCUGCCUUUAUCCUGGAACGGUUGUCAAUGGAAGUUCAGACAUCGACGAGAACGAUGACCUCAUCACGGUGGAGUUUGACGAUGGGGACACAGGCCGUAUCCCCCUCUCCCACAUCAGACUGCUGCCACCAGACUACAAGAUCCACUGUGCCGAGCCGUCCCCUGCUCUACUCGUGGCAGGACCCUCCAGGAGGAGGGUCCGCAAAUGCAGCAAAGAGGCGGGAACUAAACCAGAAGAGACUGCUCCCAGGAUCAAAGGGAAACCUGGUCGCAAACCAAAGCCCAAAUCAGAAUCUUCUGGAAGUCAGGAUGCUCAGGAGAAAUCUGAUCAUUCAUCGUCCUCCACCCAGCCUGCUGAGAGAUCCCUACCUCAAGCGAAGUCCACCCAGGACAGGACCUCCUCGGUCCCAAAACCCACUCAGGAGAAGCCCCGGCCUGCAUCUCGACCAACAAUAGGAACACAGCUGAAACUGGGCUGCAAGAACUCCAUGACGUCCCCCACAAGCAGCCCCACGCUUCCCGCUCCGGUUCAGAGAAAGAGCAGCUCGGCUCAGCCUCCAAAACCAGUCAGGACCCUCCAUCCCUCCCUGUACCCCUCCACCUACGGGAAGGUCCUGACUGUGGACCUGUACAGUGAACCCAACCUCAGCUCGUACAGCAGCCAGCGCACUGUCAGUCCCAGCACCAGCAGGCCCGUGUCUAGGCCCGGUAUGAGCGGAUCAUCUGGUCCACCCAAACCAUCAGCCACAUCCACCCCCAGACCUACUUCAUCACCCAAAGCUAAGCCCUCCUCAGACCAUCGGCACAGCUCCGGGCUCCUCCCCAGCCCCAUCUCCAGAAUGUCAUCAGGCAGCUCCUCUCUGACCUCCAGAUCAUCGUCUUCUCUGUCCCCCACCUCCAUCUCCAAGCCCAAACUGAAGAUCCCAUCGGCGGUGUCCUCCAGAACCAUUCCCAGACCUAAGCCCAGCUCUGGACAAACUGAUCUCAGCUCCGCAGUGAGGCGGAAGUCCCUGCCCGCUGAGCCGCUCGUCAAACUCGAUCAUGAAGGCGUCACCUCCCCGAAGACCAAGAAGACCAAAGCUUUGAUGCUGUUGGAGGGGCGGGGCAUCAGGCGAGACAACAGUCCUGCAGCCAAUCAGAAGCUGCUGAAGACCAAACUGGGUGCUCCGGAGAGAGAGACCGGACUGCCUGACAAGGAGACCUCCUAUAAGUCGUCCAUGCUGGCUAAGGACAAGGUGGACAACUGUGGGAGAGGACAGGAGAAGGACAGGAGAGACGAGAAAGUUAAAAAAGAGGAAAGAAAGGAGUUGGAGAAGAGAGAGGAGAGGCGGAUGAAAGAGGAGUCUCAGAGCAGCAGCAGCUCCGAGUCGGAGGAGGAAACUGAAAACGGGAAGAUCAAGAAGAAGAAAUGCACCUCGAGCUGCUCCUCCUCCUCUUCAUCCUGCUCUGGUUCCUCCUCAUCCUCAUCUUCAUCAUCAUCCUCUUCAUCAACUGAUGACUCCUCCUGCAGUUCAGACGAAGAGAGGACCCCGACACCUCCGCCAGCCCCCAUCCCAAAACCUCCAGUGCAAGAAAAGCCUAAUGAAAAGGUAAAGGAGGAGGAAGAGGAGGUGAAGGAGGAAGAGGAGGUGGAAGUCAAAGUGGAGGAGGAAGAGUUGUCUCCUCAGUCAGAUUCCCCUCCAUCGACCCCUCCAGCUCCAGAUUCUCCUGCUCCCACUAAACCUGCCAAACCCACCACCGGGAAGGGCUCCGGGCAGAGGGGCCGUCCUCCCAAACCAAAGCCCAGUGGAGGAGAMGGGAAGGUGGGGAGACCCAAACGGAGAGAGGGGGUCCACCUUCCAACCACCAAGGAGUUGGCUAAACGCCAGAGGCUUCCCAGUGUGGAGAACAGGCCCAAAAUUUCUGCUUUCCUUCCAGCCAGGCAGCUCUGGAAAUGGUUUGGGAAACCCACUCAGAGACGCGGCAUGAAGGGCAAGGCCAAGAAACUCUUCUACAAGGCCAUCGUGCGUGGCCGAGAGAUGAUCCGCAUCGGAGACUGCGCUGUGUUUCUGUCCGCCGGACGGCCAAACCUGCCCUUCAUCGGCCGCAUCCAGAGCAUGUGGGAGUCCUGGGGCAGCAACAUGGUGGUCCGGGUCAACUGGUUCUACCACCCAGAGGAAACCAACCCUGGCAAGAAGCUCACCGACAAGAAGAACUGGGACCAGAUGUGUGGCCAGUCUUUACCAGCUGCUCUUCACUCCUCCAUCCAGAGGAAGGACUUCAUAGAGCGUGCCCUCUACCAGUCGUCUCACAGCGAUGAGAACGACGUGCAGACGAUCAGUCACAAGUGUCUGGUGGCGAGCGUGGAGGACUAUGAGCAGAUGAUCCACACCCGCCGCUACGCCGACAACGAGGACCUGUACUAUCUAGCCGGCACCUACGAGCCCACGACCGGCAUGAUCUUCAACACGGACGGAGUCCCGGUCAUCUGCUAGAGARGAGCUACUGAAACCAAACCACCUUGUGUGGAGACUCCUCCCACAUCCACCCAACCUGUGGUCCAAUCACUGCGUUUCACUUCCAGGCAUUUCUGCGUGGACCGAACGGCUCCACGAAACACUUGAGAGACAGGAGACACUACAGACAGUAUUAUCAAAGACGUCAUGAACACACACCAGGUUCUGCUGGUUUUACAUGUAAAUACACCCAGACACAAACAGUAUGUAUGCUCACACGUGCACAGACUCAAUGUAAAUACUCAUGUCCACACAAGACACGCUUAUCUAGAGGAACAUAUGAGUGUUUUUGUUUUUUUUAAAUGGUAUAGAUUUAUGUCAGAGUAAGUUUUAUUCAUUAUUAUUUCCUGAAGGGGUUAACAGUGGAGAAGCUUUAACGAACUGUGAAUGAUGGCAGACGCGAGUCCGUUUGGCGUUUUUUUUUUAAAGACGGACUCGAACAAAAAGUGGGUGUGAUGUUGUGCUGUAGCCGUGGUGAUGUUACGGUCAUGUUACAGUCAUAUAAAUAAAUGUAUGUACAGAACAGCAGGACGCACAGGUAGAGAGACAGGAAGACUCACAYCCCAAAGCACUAAUAAACACUUCAACCCCCUCCCCUACCCCGACAAUCCUAACUGGGACUGAAUGUCCCUGUUUUAAUAACAAACAAUAAUAAAAUCUAAAUAAAGUCCCUCAUUGACUCAGGCUAAAAACAGUUAUAGAAGCACUUCUUAAAAACACACUAUGACAGAAAACCAGCUGCAGUUUGUGGAUCUUUGUUUUGCACCUAGAUUCAGUCAUGACACUUUUCUCCACAGCUGCCUUCAGGAGGCUGUGGAGAAGCAUCUUGUGGAAACGCAGGAUGUUUUAUUUAUUUAUUGUUGUUCUUCAGGUAGAAAGCCCCACUCGUGAGCUCGAUGUGAGGACAGCGUAGAAAUCCCAGCGAGGCUCGUAAACUCUGCAGCCUGUCCAGGAAGCACCAAGGUCACGCCGCUGAGUUUUCCACCACGCAGCUGUCGGCUCAGAUUAGUUCGGCAUAAUUCAGUUUUACGCUUGUUUUUCCACAGGCUUUGCUUCGUUUUUCUGUCUCUGCGGCGUUUGCAACCUCCAAACAUCCUCUUGUUUGUUCGCUGUGGUUUUUAUUUGGAUUUAUGGAAGUUCUUUAAUCAACGAGUGUUUCUAAAAUGAGUGCGCACUUUGAACGAGGAGACUCUGUGCCCGGGAGUUAUGGAGUAUUUACCACGUCUCAGUUAACACCCCUCCUCCUGUUUCUGACUUGUUUUGUUUUUUUCUCCGUGCCUCAUUGAACUUUUCUUUUUCUUUUUGUUUUGUGGUGAGACUGUUGAAUGUCGUGCUCAGGAUUGUGAGUGCUUUGCCUUAUGUUUCCAGGCCUUAUGAUAAUCUGCCAAAUCUUAUUUUUGCUCCCCUCUGUCUUUCAUGGGRUUAUCUCCACCGCAGUCUUUGCCUCGUUUAUCAGAUGUAUCAGUGUAUGCAUGACCUGCCUGUGUUACACUGUAUAUAUCAGAUUAUUAGCUGUGUUCCCUUUUCUUUACGUUGCUCUGCCUUGUUGCAGAGAUUAGAAACAGUCUUGUUGAUAUUCAAUAGGUUUAAUAUUUUCUACUCUUCAGACCUUCUGGUGUUUACUACAUUUGACUGAUUAUGCUCUAAUUUUUUUCUUUUAUUUUAUGGCUGCGAUGCAUGAUGUUAAGAGGAAGAGCCAAAAUGCUAAUCUGUUGUUUUUGUUGAGAAUAUAUCAAUAAUCCAGAGCUACCCCACCCGAUUCGGAUGUUAUCAUCCAUU